AUGGGCUCCCCCGACACCGUCGCCGUCGAGGCCCGUCCGCGUUGUCCAGUAGAAGAACAAAUCCCUCUUACCACCAUCACCAGCAUCGAUCAAAAGGACGACGGCAUCUCUGCGCUAUGCCGCUUGCUUCAUUCGGUAUCCGAGAAUCUCCGUUAUAAGUCUCAUCGGUCCGAUCAGCUGGAUGACCUCUUACUUGUCCGCCCCGGGGACUGGAGUCCUCAGUACAUGGACCUCAGCGAGGCCGUUUUGGCCGCGCGUCUCGCUCUCGACGUCAGCUUGGACGAUCAGGCCACCAUGUACGAGGUUCUUGACCACAUUGGCAGUUCCCUGCGAGCGCGCUUCGAUCUUCGGCGUGACCAGCACGACCUGAAGAAUGCGCUAUUGAUACGCCGUUUCCUGAUUCCACUCAUUCCUUACGAGCAUUCCUAUAAAUGCACGCAACUUAUUGCGUUUGCUGAUGAAUUGCUCGCUCAGUUUGAGUGUCUCGGAAAUAAGGAUGUCGAUAUUCUGAAUAGAGUCAUAUCCACUCGCAAUCUCGUUAUGAAGCUUACUGGGGAUAGUGAUGAGGAUAAGCACAGGCGGCUCGUGGACCUUGGAACUGCAUUCCGGACUCGUUAUAAACAAUCCGGCGAGCCGGGCGAUCUCACGGCCGCAUUGAAAUAUUUCGAUCUUGCUCUUGAAGCUCUCCCAAGCGACUGCCCAUAUGAAUCUUCUUAUCUCAACUCCCUGGGCAAUGCUCUCUAUGAUCGCUUCAUACGAUUGGGGGAGAUUGAUGACCUUGCCCGUGCGAAAGCGUGCUUGCGGCGAGCCGUCGCCCUGACUGACGAAGGUCACACAGAAGCGCAUACAUGGAUGAACAACCUUGGAAACGUGUUACAUGCAUCCUUCAAGCGCUUGGGAGAGCGUGCCGAUCUGGAUGAAGCAUUGCAGCUUCACCGGCAAGUUUCGCGGGACACCCCGGAUGGUCAUCCCGAACUUCCCGCCAGAAUGAGCGACUUGGGCCGGGUGUUGCAAGCAGGAUUCGAACACUACAACGAUACGCAAUACCUGGACGAGGCUAUAGCUGCUCAUGAGCGUGCCGUAGCGCUGACCUCUGACGAGCAUCCUGACCGGGCUGCGUGGCUCAACGGUCUCGGAAGUGUCUUGUAUUCUCGCUUCAUGCUCACUAGGAAGAUUGAGGACCUUAAGUCUUCUAUCCAACAUCGCAGCCACGCUAUUGAGCUCACUCCGAAUGCUGACUUGGAGAAAGCAACCAGGCUAUGCGAUCUGGGCAGCGCAUUCCGAGCUCUAUUCACAGCUGAGCGUCAACCCUCCGACCUCAAACGCGCGAUCGAGAAUCAACAGCGCGCAGUCGAUACAACUCCCGACGGUCUUCCCGAUAAACCCACGUUUCUGUACAACCUAGGCAUCACGUUCAGGACGUGUUACGGGCAUGACCAAUCAAGGGAGCACUUCGAAGCAGCCAUCACAUACCUGCGGGAAGCGGCGCUACAGUCGUCGCGGAGUGACGCAUCGAUCCGAUUGCAGUCAGCAGUCAGCUGCGUGGAAUUACUUGCAGAAAAUACUCAGCAUCCCGUCUCGGUGGAGUCUAUGUUAGAAGCUCACGGGCGUGUCAUUCGUAUGCUUCCCGAGGUUGCGUGGUUUGGUUAUGACAUCGAUCGCAGAUAUCAAGAGUCUGCCCGUCUAGGCUCACUGAUCAGUGACUCUGUUGCCGCCGCCAUUCGUCAUGAGCGGCUUGAUCUGGCGGUCCAAUGGCUAGAAGAGGGCAGAUCUAUCAUCUGGACCCAGAUUAUAUCUCUGCGUGCUCCACUCGAUGACUUGAAUGUACAGCAUCCUCACCUAGCUCACGAGUUUUGGGACAUCUCGCGCAAGCUUCAAGCCGCCGUAUCUAGUCGGAUUGAUGUGAAGGUGGAUGAAUCCCUUCCCAUGCAGGAGGCGGAUCUACAUCGACAAUUGGUCGUACAGUACGAUCACAUAGUGACCGAAGCCUGA